CGCGGCGCCCCGAGGGGGCCGUCAGAGCGGGAGGGACGCCGGAGCGAUACAGACGCGAAUUUUUCUUUCCUUUUGAUACCUCUGACUUUUUUACGCGAUUUUUUUUUUCUACUCUUAUUCAUCUAGGGGUUUGUUUUCGCUGACAUUUCAUAGUUAAGGGCUCUUUUUUUCCCUUGCGAGAAGUAGCAGCGGAGACAGGAGAAUCUCGUUAUUCCGAGGCUUCGGGAGAAACCCUCGCUUUCAAGCUCGUGCGUAUAAGGCAGGCGCGGCGCGUCCCGCCGGCAAGGACAAAAGAGCGGCCGAGCCCCGACCCCCGCCCGCCAGCAUGAGCAGCGCCGAGAUGGGCAAGUUCAACAUCUCGCCCGACGAGGACAGCAGCAGCUACAGCUCCAACAGCAACGAUUUCAGCUACCCCUACCCCACCAAGCCGGCUGCCAUGAAGAGCCACUAUGCAGAUAUUGAUCCGGAAAACCAAAAUUUCUUGCUCGAUUCCAAUCUUGGAAAGAAGAAAUAUGAAACUCAGUAUCAUCCGGGUACUACUUCCUUUGGAAUGUCAGUAUUUAAUCUGAGCAAUGCUAUUGUGGGUAGUGGCAUCCUUGGUCUUUCUUUUGCCAUGGCUAACACUGGAAUUGCUCUUUUUGUGAUUCUCCUGCUGUUUGUCUCAAUAUUUUCUUUGUAUUCAGUGCAUCUUCUUUUGAAGACUGCCAAUGAAGGAGGAUCUUUAUUAUAUGAACAGUUGGGAAUGAAGGCUUUUGGUAUGGCUGGAAAACUUGCUGCUUCUGGAUCAAUUACAAUGCAGAACAUUGGAGCUAUGUCAAGCUACCUCUUCAUAGUGAAAUAUGAGUUACCAUUGGUCAUCAAGACAUUUAUGAACAUCGAAGAGACCACAGGAGAAUGGUAUCUCAAUGGUGACUAUUUAGUGCUGCUGGUGUCUGUCAUUCUCAUUCUUCCCCUGUCCCUGCUGAAAAAUCUAGGGUAUUUGGGCUAUACCAGUGGUUUUUCCUUGCUUUGCAUGGUCUUCUUUCUGAUUGUUGUCAUUUGGAAGAUGUUUCAGAUUCCUUGUCCUGCGGACAGUGUCAUCAUGAAUGUGACAUUACUUAAUGCAACAGUGGCACCUUUGGUAGCUGAAAAUAUAACAAGUGAGGAUAUGUGCAAGCCAAAAUAUUUCAUCUUCAAUUCACAGACUGUUUAUGCUGUCCCAAUCCUAACAUUUUCCUUUGUCUGUCAUCCUGCAAUUCUUCCUAUUUAUGAAGAACUGAAAGGCCGAAGCCGUAAAAGAAUGAUGAAUGUGUCCUACGUAUCUUUUUUUGCCAUGUUCCUCAUGUAUUUGUUGGCUGCUCUCUUUGGAUACUUGACAUUUUAUGGAAAAGUUGAACCAGAACUGCUUCACACCUACUCUGCUUAUCUGGGUGCUGAUGUUCUCCUUCUUAUUGUGCGUCUUGCUGUACUUAUGGCUGUCACCCUCACUGUACCUGUAGUUAUUUUCCCUAUCCGCAGUUCCAUUACCCAGCUGCUGUGGGCAGGGAAGGAGUUCAGCUGGUGGCGUCACUGUUCCAUUACCAUUUCUCUCCUGGCAUUUACCAACCUGCUGGUUAUCUUUGUCCCUACUAUUCGAGACAUCUUUGGAUUCAUUGGUAAGCAUUGUCUUGUCAGAUCAAGCAGUCUUUUGCAUUUCAGAAAAAGCAAUUACAGUCUAAUUAGAGUAUAUUUACCUGUUUAUGAGUAUUUAUUUCCAUGCUUUUUCUCUACAGGUGCUUCUGCGGCUGCCAUGCUGAUCUUUAUACUUCCUUCUGCCUUCUACAUCAAAUUAGUGAAGAAGGAACCAAUGAAGUCAGUGCAAAAGAUUGGGGCUUCAUUCUUCUUUCUAAGUGGUAUACUUGUGAUGACUGGGUGUAUGACACUGAUUAUUCUAGACUGGAUCCAGAAUGUUAAAUCUGAUGGCCAUUAACUGCCCUGAUUUAAUCUCUGUAAUACACCACUUCAAAUGCCAGUGUUCACUCAGAUACCUACUGGGAAUGAAAACGAGCUAUUCAGCUUCCUUUAAAAGGCAGAUUCUUUGUUGAUGGUUCUUCUGAUUGUAGAAUAUCUGAACUGUGUCUUUAAGAAACUAUUCUGCAUGAUGGAAGUGGAUAUUGACAUCAAACCACGUGAGUGUCUGGCUGAAGGAAGUGACAACUUUAUUCCAUUCCAGAGAAUGGACAGAACUCUCUGUAGACUUCUAUCAAGCCAUGUUUGGCUUUCGUCAUUGUUACUUGGAUAUUUUGUUAUUUUACUUGAAUGUGCCUAAUGGAACCAUUUGAUGUGAGAAAGAACUCUUUAAUUUACAGCAAAGUGUUUAAAUAACCAAUGAGAGAGCAAGAGAAAGAGAGAAACACUAUUAUUUUUUGUACCAAAAAUUCUUAUGGACCUCAAAAGCACUAUUUUGACUUUAAGAAACAUUUUUCUAAAAAGAAUGAAAAAAUCACAUAGAAGAGCUUGGAAAAAUAUUUAAUUAGUGUCCUAAAUUAAACUUAGUUUGAUUUUCUUGAUCUCUUAACUCAUGUCACCAGUGACAGGACCCAAGGAAAGGGCAUGAAGCUGAGUCAGGGAAGUUUACGUUGGAUAUCAGGAAAAGGCUUUUUUACCCAGAGGGUGGUUGGGCACUGGAACAGGUUCCCCAGGAAAGUGGUCACAGCACCAGCCUGACAGAAUGCAAGAAAUGUUUGGACAACUCUCAGGCACAUGGUUUGAUUCUUGGGAUGUCCUGUGCAGGGCCAGGAGUUGGACAUGGUGAUUCUGAUGGGUCCUUUCCCUCAACAUACUUUAUGAUUCUGUAGAGGCAUAGUUAGAAGAAAUUUUAUUUUUAAAAUGCUUCUAAUGACCAAAACAGAAAAUAAACCAAUUCAGGUCAAAGUUUUCUGAUACUAAAUGCUUCCCAUGAAGCUCCCUUAGAGAAAAUAAUCCUGAAAAUUAUUUCAGACUUACAUAAGUAACUAGAGUUACCAAAAAUGGUGUGGAAAUGCAAAUUUUCAAACUUCAAAAAAAUCCACCCUUUGUAAAAGGGUACAUUCGAGAAAAGCGUAGGUAAUCUAAAAUUGUAAAGAUGGCAUUAACAUUUCCCUUCUUGAGGUACUCAGUAGUGCAAUUGAGUAAAACAGGGUCUGGGGUUUUUGCUUUUUGGGGGUUUUUUUUCCUGUUAUAGGUAGGAACUGAAUGGCACUGGAGCACAUGAUGCCAUUAAUACAAAAUUUCCUCCUCAAGUUCCUUUUAUUAUUAAGGUCCAUUGUCAGUUGUAACAAUGUUUGUUGGGAUUUUUUUCUAUCCAAUCUAUCUUGAAACACUCUGUAGGAAAACAGAAAAGUCCUAAUGUAGUCUUCUAGUUGUAUAAUAUUUAAAAACUGUACAGUAUUUCUCAAAUUCCUUAUCCAUUAUUGGAUUUUGAAUUACUUGAUUAUUCUGUUUCUGAGUCAAAUUCACAAAAUAACUGCACCAAUAUUUCAUGCUUGGUACAAACUCUCUUCACAUACACAACUGGGAUUCCUCUUCCAAUUUAUACUGUGUAGUAGUAUUAAAGAUAACCUCAUAGACUGGAUAGUCAUCUCAUACUUGUUUGCUUCAGAAAUAGACAUGUUUCUAGUGAGCCCUAUCUGAUGAAGCAGGUGCUGUAUGGUUGUGAUGAGCUAUUUUGUUUCUAGUGCAUGUUUGCUCUUUCAUUCUUGUCCCAGGUUGAAGAGAGGUAGCAUUUGUAUAACAGUGUACUUGGCUUAUAAGAGGUUCUCAAACAGCAAUAUCGGGUACAAAAGCCUAGAUAGAGAUUAUUAAUGAAAUAGUCAUGGCAAUGUGGUCAACUGUCUUCAUCUGACACGAUGCUUUAAAAAUCUCAUUUAUGAAGUCCCACUCAGUCAUCGUGUCAGGGAGACCAAGUAAAGGCCUGUAAUCCGUUGAUUAAACAGUGCCUGAGACUUUUUUGCUCUUGUAGAAUUAAUCAGAAAUAAAUCUAAACAAUAGUCACCAUUUGGCAGAUAAUGUCAAGCUCUGCCCAGCCAUUUAAAAUCUAUGGAAAAACAACUGCAGGUAUUUUGUAUUGAUACUUCUGCAUGACUGUAAGUACUGGUCACUAAGACUAUAUAGUAAAACUGUAAUGACAAGUUAGAUUCCUCAUGUGUUAUUUGUAUAAUUAAUUCAGUGGUACUCAACUGGCAAUUAAUGAUCCUGGAGUCAGCACUGACUAAUGCUCUGUAGGUACUUCUCUGCCUCAGGUACUGUACAUCCAUGGCUAACUAUCCCAUGUUACCUGAUCUCCACAGAAGUGCUGAGCAUGUGCCUCCUCAGUACUUUGGCAGCUUUUCUUCUUCCUCCACAAAUGUGUAAAGGUGGAAGAGGAUUAAAAUGUUGUCUACCUUUGAGCAAUUUGUAGCACAUAAGGGAUGAAAUUCUUCCCUUUAAAAAGAGGAAAGAAAGUGAGAAAUAUCCUCCUUUCUCAGAGCAACCAUAGAAGAGGAAGGAGUUGUUAGUGAGAAGUUACUACCAAGUCCUUCUUGGCAACCAGAAGGGAAGAAGAUUAUUGCGAUGACACCUCAUAGUGUAUUGUACAUGUCACUAAUUCUCUGAAUGUAGCAAUUUCCAGAUUAUACAUUAUGUGUUAUAUAAUUUGAUGACUGACUCUUCACCUGCAACAGUUGAGUUCCACUUGGCUGGGUCGAUUUCCAACACGUGAUUUUUUUUUAAAUUAUUAUUUUUCCAAACCUGUCUGUUUAAAGUUACCUACAUUGCAAACCACCUAAAAGAGCAGCUUCAGUAUUAAACCACUGUUCUGUCACCUCAGUUAGACAUUACUGUCUUCCAUGAUAUUUCAGUCAUAAAUGUAACAUGUUAUUUAUAAAGCAUUAAUCCAUUAAAACUAAAACUAUUUUUCAAUAUUUAUGAUAGUCUAUGUACAUAAAUUGUAUGUGUGUAUAUACUGUAAGUAUAAUGUAUAUAAUGUAGGUUUGGAGUCCAGGAUUUAUGUAUAUAUUCCUCUCUCAUUACUGAUUGUUACAGCAUUUCAAGGAGUUGUCCAUGUUGUACAUCUGCGUAACAGCUGUCAAAGGAAAGAGCCUUUUUCAACAGUGUAAUGCUUACAGAGAUGAAAGGAGUGUGUUAUGCCUAAGGUGUGUAAGAAAACACUAAGACUGUAUUUAUUACAAAUGUAUAUGUUGCAAUAAACACCGGAAUCCCUUGGGUCCAUAGAAAGCAUUGUUGAGGUUCAUGUGUACUUUCUCUCUGAUUCGCCAUGGAUGUUAGGAUUCCCUGAAUGCAGCAGUUAGCCACCUCUGCGAUCCAGCGCGCGUCCCUCCCGCGGUACAUCCGUGUACAUAUGUAAAUACCCACCCUCCUGGGAGAGGCCAGCAGCCUAGCUACCACUGCUGGCUAGACUGGUGGCCAGCAGCACAGUUUCAAUGAAACAUUGUAUGUUUGUUUUAACUGAAAUAAAUAAACAAAUAAUCCUAA